AACACGCGUGGACACGCAUUCGGUCCUUCGAAAAUGAAAAGAGGAAGAAAAGAAGGGACGGUUGCAAGAACGGUGUUGGUUGCAGUGAUGAAGGUCAUCAUAAUGCAAGAGAGAGAAACACCACAGACCACACUCUUCUUCUUCUUCUUCUUCUUCUUCUUCUUCUUAGUUUCUCACUUUUCUUUUGACCUAACCCUACAAUUUUUCACUCUCCAUCCUUUUUCUUAUCUUUAACUCACUGUUUCUGUUACAAUUUCACCGUCAAUUCGAAAUAUCCGUGAGCCUAGAUCUCACACCGUACCAUACCCUAUCAUUCUGUUUUUUUUUUUUUCCCCUCUUCUGCUAGAUUGACGAGUUGGUAGCUCCGGGUUCUGACUAUGGAUGUCAUUUGACGACUUUACUUUUUCAGAAUUAGGGUUCUUAAUUACUACUAUUUAGCUUAGGGUUCCAUACUCCUCUCUCUCUCUCUCUCUCUCUCUCUCUCUCUCUCUCGUGAAUGGAACCUCGUGUUGGUAACAAGUUUCGGUUGGGUAGGAAGAUCGGUAGCGGCUCCUUUGGGGAGAUCUACUUAGGUACUAAUAUUCAGACUAACGAAGAAGUUGCAAUUAAGCUUGAAAAUGUCAAGACAAAGCAUCCUCAGUUGCUUUACGAAUCCAAAUUAUACAGAAUUCUACAAGGAGGAACUGGAAUUCCAAAUGUUAGAUGGUUUGGGGUGGAGGGAGAUUACAAUGUUCUAGUGAUGGAUCUGCUUGGACCUAGUCUUGAAGAUCUAUUCAACUUUUGUAGUAGAAAGCUGUCACUGAAGACUGUUCUUAUGCUUGCUGAUCAAAUGAUCAACCGUGUCGAGUUCAUCCAUUCUAAAUCAUUUCUACAUCGGGAUAUUAAACCGGAUAAUUUUCUGAUGGGCCUAGGAAGGCGUGCGAAUCAGGUUUAUGCAAUUGAUUUUGGUUUGGCUAAGAAAUACAGAGAUAGUUCAACCCAUCAACACAUUCCUUACAGGGAAAAUAAGAAUUUGACUGGAACUGCAAGAUAUGCUAGCAUGAAUACUCACCUUGGCAUUGAGCAAAGUCGCAGAGAUGAUUUAGAGUCUCUUGGUUAUGUUUUGAUGUACUUCCUGAGAGGAAGUCUUCCUUGGCAGGGACUUAAAGCUGGAACAAAGAAACAAAAGUACGAGAAAAUCAGUGAAAAAAAAGUUUCUACCUCAAUUGAAGCACUGUGUCGUGGCUAUCCAACUGAAUUUGCAUCAUACUUCCACUACUGCCGCUCAUUAAGGUUUGAUGAUAAGCCAGAUUAUGCUUAUCUCAAAAGGAUAUUUCGUGACCUCUUUAUUCGUGAAGGUUUCCAGUUUGAUUAUGUGUUUGACUGGACCAUCUUGAAGUAUCAGCAAUCACAACUAGCAACUCCUCCAGCACGGGGCAUUGGUCCUAGUGCUGGAACCAGUUCUGGAAUGCCACCAGCUGUUAUUACUAAUGCCGAUAGACAGACAGGUGGGGAAGAAGGACGGCCUCCUGGUUUGAUUUCGGUGGAUUCCUCAAGGCGGAGAAUGUCGGGACCCAUUUUAAAUUCUUUAUCAAGUGCCAAUAUCUUGGGCCAGUCAAGUGGAUCAUCAAGGCGGGUUGCUGUUUCUGGUAGUCGUGACGCAUUUGGUGCUGAGUCAGAUAUUCGUGCUCGAAAUACCGAAGCUAGCCCUGGAGCAGCACACAGAAUUACAAGCGGGCAAAGAAGUUCACCAGUUGGAUCUUCUGAACCCCAGAGAGUAACAGCAUCCGGCAGGCAUGGUUCUCACACCAGGAAUUAUGACAGUGCAGUGAGGGGCAUGGAGAAUUUGCAAUUAGAGACUGACGAGAGGGCUCAUUAUUAAUUUUCUGCAAAAGUUGCGUAUGUGGGUUUGUAUUGUUUGCUCAUCUUCUCAUACCGAUGAAAAGCCGCGAAGCUGAAAUAAUGAGCUUUUAGCAAGGACUGUGUUUGCUGUAAAACUGGUUAAAUUGGCUCCUCGCUGCUGGCAGGAACAACUAAAUUUUAUAACCUCUUUCCCUGUGAUGUGAGUUGUUUUGGUUUACCUGAAGUUUGCAGUCACGUGGACCACAGCGGUCAAAACUAUCAAAUACCAGCGAAAUUGUAAUUAGCCAUUUUACUUUAGAUUUGAAGAUUCCCAUAGAUUCCAUGGUGUAAUUUUCUGUGGAGGUUACUCUGGCAUUUUAAAAUGUUCUACCUUGUGAAAUUCCUAUCAAGCUUAACACCAUUGUACCUCUCUAAUGUUUUCUUGUUCUCUUGAUCAACGUAACGUGUAUAUCAGUUUCUAACUA